GGUGUCCUGGUGAAGGCAAAAAUCUAGCAAGGAUAUGAGUUUCGAAGUGAUUAUUCUUUACACUAUGUUUGGUUUAGCCUCAGGAGCUGGUGUGUUGCCUGACUCUGUGAAUGCAGCUGUUGGAGACACGGUCAUGUUCCCCACAUCACUGACUCCAACACAAACUCCAUUUAUAUCAAUAGUCUGGAAUUUUGGCAAAACAAAUAUCAUCAGUUCAAGUUCUGCUGGUAACUUCACUGCUCCAGAGUAUGAAGGCAGGAUCUCUCUGUUCAUCUCUACUGGAUCUCUGGAGCUCAGGAACAUGGCUCUUAGUGACACUGGAGAUUACAAAGUGGACAUUUUACCAGCAGGAAGUGCAGUACAAAAUGGAGACACUACAUUGAACGUUUAUGAGAGAAUCACAAAUAUUUAUGUUGAGUCAUCCUCCAAUGAGCCAAUCGAGGGCUCCUCACUGAACUUAACCUGUGAUGCCUCUGGUUCCAUCUUCACCAGAAAGUGGUCAAUAAAUGAACAGGAGCUAAAUCCUUCUGAAAACAUUAUAUUUUAUGACCAAAAACGAGUGUUGUCUUUUAAAAUCCUGAGCAGAAAAGACAGUGGAAGAUACCUCUGUGAAAUCAGCAACCCCAUCAGCUCUGAGACAACUGCUUACAAUCUGGAUGUAAUCUUUCCUUCAGAGGGUCUUUCAGCUGGAGCCAUCGCUGGAAUAACUGUUGCAGUAUUAGUGGUUGUUGCUGGAGCUGCAGUGGGAGGGUUUUAUUUGUACAAACACCUGCAAAAAGUUAAGCAAUAACAGUCAAAAGGAGCUGCAUAUCUACAAGAAUACUUCAAAUACACACAACUCUAACACUGAUGAAGAAAAAGUGUAUAAGAAUGAUGUAAAUCCAUACAAUCGAAACUUGUAGCUUUUAUAUUUUUUUAACUUAAAGGUGCACUGUGUAACUUUUGUGGUGGAGGUUUUACCACCAGCUUGUCUCCAUGAAAAAGUUUAUUGCUUUGCCUGGUAUGUUCCACAGUAAGACAUAAAGCAUGUCUAUUUCAAUGGUAACAGGCAAGUGACACCACCAGGCCAAGUUACAGAUCAGAUCUGUGGAGAUGUUACCCUGCUUACAUUAUGAUAGCAUUGUUAAAUUUAUGAGCGAUAAAAACAAAAAGGUAUUAAAUGUAAGAUUUAAAUUUAAUGUCAUACAAUAGAGCAUUGAAGGGAAAGCAAUCAAUCAAUCAAUCAUCUCCAUGGAGACAAGCAAGUGGCAAACCCUCUACCACAAAUGUUACACAGUGCACCUUUAAAUUAGUGCAUCAUAUAAAUUAUUUGUGUGAAAAUGGCUGUGCUGUGUGUAGACUCCUGCAUUUAACUUUAAUAGUUAUGAAUAUAUGUAUAUACUGUAAAAUACAACAAUGCCUCUGCAGUUGGAUUAAAUAAAACUUGAUCUAUAGAGAAACAACACCCUGACCCUAAUCUCACCCCUAACCCAAACCUAACCCUGCCUUAACCCCUAAUCCUACUUUAACCGCUAACCCCUAACGAUGAUCCUAAACUCCUAACCCUAACCUAACCCUACCUUAAACCCUUAACCAUAUCUUAACCCCUAACUCUACGUUAAGACUGAACCCUGACCCUAAUACUAUUUUAACCCCUAAUCCUACCUUGAAUAUUUUUUAUGGCAUUCAGUGUUAUUUUAGAUAUUUGAUACAAGCUCGCUUAUAAUGAAC